AUGGCCAGAAACGGAUUCGAGGGCGUCGAGCAGGAAAAUGGUAACUUUUCUGAUUGGAUUUUAACUUUGAUUCUGUUUGUUGUCGACCACGGUGAUUCUUUCCAGCCCGUUCCUCCAAACUCCCAACCACUCCCGUGAAAUCGUCCUCCGCCCAGCCGAAUGACCUGGACAAGACCCCUCGUCAUGCUCAUGGUGACAUCAAGUCUGGGCAGAGUUUAACUCCGGCCACAGCUCCUUCGGUCUCCGACGGGUUCUCCUCCAAUGAAAGGGUAAGAAAACCUUGUCCUCUGAUUUAAGUCUUUAAUUCCAGCCAUCCUCUCCAACUCAACCUUCGAGCCCCAAUGCCGAGGAUGUUCUCGCUGCUCUUCAACGUUGCUCAUUGAUCGCGGCCGAACGUCGUCGUGUUUCUACGGAUAGUUCUAAUUUGCCUGCAGCCCAGACCAGUAUCCGAAAGAAGAACUCGUCCAAGUCUGCUGCUAACCCCUUCUGUCUCCAUGCCGGCUUCAACCCAACCGCUUAUGGAUUUAACGCCGGUCUUCCAGCCAGCCUCAACUCUUUUAAUCCGAAGACUCCGGUUGCUCGGCCUCGCCAAAACAAUCGGAACACUCCUUCGACUGGAGGAAGUAGCCGCGACAAACCGAUCUCCCAUCAUCAGAACAAGUCCUCCCAGCUGAGAUCCAGCAGAUCUCAGACUAGCCCUGGAUUCAAUCAGAAAAGGUCCCUUCAAAAGUAUGGUUUUUUUAUUCUUAUUGUAAAUGUUGAAUUUAAUAAUGUGUUAGGAAUUCCAGUUAUUGUCGAGAACUGAAUGCCGAGAUCAAUAGUUUGGAUCAAUUGGUUCGCUGGGGCAGCAUUGAUUUCACUCCCACUCACGCUCGUCGCCUCCUGAACCAGGAAUUGCUGAGAGUUGAGGGAUAUCUGAGCAACGAUGACCCCAAUUCCUUGUACCGUCCCAACCGUGAACGGGUUGGUUCUUCCUCGGUGUUGGGAACCAUUGGACAGCCUCCUCUCAGAGUCCCUCCCGCCGUUCUUCACCGUGCUCGACGUAGUGAAGGUCGUUCUGAAUUCGAAUUGGAAGAUCCAAUUACUGAACAUGAUGAAAAGAGGAGUGUCACCGGCUCUGCCUUCGACAGUGACUCAGAGGUUACUUCAGUUGACGCAGAUACGGCGAUUGAGCCUACAGAGGGUGAAUACGAACUUGUGGUAAGGUUGUAGACAUAUUGUGUUCUUAACAUGUUUUAGGCUUCGCAAGACUUUGUUUACCGCCCAUCGACUCCUGUUAACAAGUUCCGCAACUUUGGUCAGGGCACUCCGGCUGGAGAUACUCAAUCCUAUCGCUCGACUCCCCAAUCUUCUGGAUCUGGAGGUACAGGAAGUAAUGCAUCUCCGAAGGGAAAGUUCAGUCCCAUUCUUGAAGCUGCUGAGAUCCCGGAACUGAAGACUCAGUUCUUGGAUCAUAUGCCGGAGGAUCUGCAUUAUUUGAAGAAAGUCGGGAUCCCAAUUGCCCAAUCUCAAGUAAGAAUAUAAGUCAUGUCAUUUUUUAGAUUUUUGAUUCAUUUUCCUUUUUCAGUGUGCCAAGUUGUUCAUUCCGAAAGUUGAGGGGUACAAUUUUAUUGGUCGUAUCAUUGGACCUCGGGGCAUCUCAGUGCGCCGAUUGGAAAGCGAGACUGCCUGCAAGAUUCUGAUCAGGGGCCGUGGAUCUGUGAAGGUAAGCUUUUUUCAGGCAAUAGUUUUGAUUUAUUGUUGAAGAAAUUAUUUUGGCGAUGUUAUGCGAUGAAGUAAAUUUAGCACAAAAUUUUAAGGACAGUCGCAAAGAGGUGCAGUUGCGCAACAAGGACGGUUGGCAGCAUCUGAAUGAGAAGCUCCACGUCCUCGUGAUUUCUUCUGACCCCGAUCGUCAACGCUGUCACGAUCGUCUGGAAGAGGCCGUCGAAUCUGUCCGUCGUCUUUUGACUCCCCAAUAUGAUGAAUAUAAACGUCAGCAACUCCUUCAACUCGCCAUCAUCAACGGAACUUACCGUCCUUGA